AUGGCUUUUACCAGCAGUACUCGGAUCAUGUCACGUCCGCUUCUUAGGCUGCUUCCAUCUGCACAGUCUGUCAAUGUUGGAUUGUGGCAUCGCUGCAGUGUCGCCACAGCAUCCAAUCAUCCACACCAUCCUAACCCUGGGAAUUUUUCGAAUCGUCCUAAGCAAGAGCUUUCAGAAAUAGGCCACAAGGGUGGGAAAAAGGGCGGGAAAGCUACCGGCGUGGGUGGGUUCCAUAAUAUGGAUCCAGAGAAACAGCACGCUAUCGCUUCAAAGGGCGGUCAUGCUGGCGGUCAUGCUGGCAGUCGUGCUGGCGGCCGUGCUGGCGCUCGGGGAAAGGCAGUAGGCAAUGGGGAAACUGAGUUAGAAGCCGAACAGCACGGCCGGUCGCAUGAGCCUUCGGUAGUUGCACCUGGAUUUGAAGAAUGGAAGACAACGGCUUGA